AUGGAGGGGGAGACAUCAGUGGAGCUGACCAAGCUGGAGGAGGGGGUGCAGAAGGAACAGCGCUCCAACUUCAUCGAAAUUGGCAAGCUCCUGACGGAGAUAUUGGACAACGAGUUCUACGUGUUGAAGGGCUACAAGAGCUUCGUGAAGUAUAUCGACGACGAGGCCGUUUUCCGGUUCACGGGCAAGCACGCGAUACGCCUCGUGCGGACCUACAGAUUCAUACAGUCGCUGCCUGAUGGCGUGAGCGUGCCAACGUCGGAGCGGCAGGUCCGACCUCUCAUCAAGCUGGGAUUCGACGAUGCACGUGACGUGUGGAUGGAGGCCCAGCGCAGGACAAGAGAGGACGGCAAGCCUGUCACCGGGGAGCUCGUGGCUGAGUUGGUUGGGCAGUUGAACAGGCCAAGGGGAUCCGAGGAAGCCACGAACCAGCGCAAGAUGCGACCUCACACCAAGCCACGGCGUUGGUGUCAAGACUCUGAUGCAUCUUACACUGAUGACGAAGAUUUUGAGGGCGCCAGGGAAGAGCAGGCGGGUCGGCGUGAUGCAGACGACAUUCAACCUGCGGUUUUGCUGCUUGCUGAGUUUGAGAGACUGCGGGAGAGAGUGAAAGACCUUCCACAGCAGCAGCGGGAGAGGCUCCUGAUGGAGUGGCACCAAUCGGUGAAUGAGGACCUCAACAGCCUGGACAGCAGCUAUGGCUCUGGAUGCACUGUUGUCAAGAAGCGCAGACCGUCGGUGAGCCUAUCUUCACCCUAA